GGAAUGGGAGGCCUUUUCCAAGGAGGUGUGCCGAAAUUACGCCCAGUUGGAGAUGGUUCAUCGGGCGGUUCAGUUGGCAGAUCUGCACUGAGGCCCCCCGGGGCCCGGCCCGCCGCCCCCCGCCCCCCCACCCCCCGCCCCCCCCCUCCCUCCCCGGCCAACAAGCCGUCUCCACCAGAGCACCAGCGCACCCACCGCCCGUCGCUCCCAGACAUCUCCCGCCCCUCCAGCGGCAGCAGCAGCUCCUCCACAGGCGGCGGCAUGAAGCACAGCACCUCCGCCCCGCCGCCUCCUCCCCCCUUCAACAGAGGAGGCCGCGGCAACGCUCCGCCUGCGCCCAAUCAGAAAUCAAGUGCUCCAUCUUCCUCAUCCUCCUCUCACAGCAGGGAGAAGCCCCUCCCACCGACGCCCAACAGAGGCCCCACCCCUCCCAGCUCCGCCAAGCAGCCUCCAUCUUCCAGCAGACCGCCAACAGGAGGCUCCUCCGCUCCUCCGCCUCCCCCGCCGUACAGGCCGCACACAUCAGGCGGCGUCUCCAACGGGCCGUCCCACGUAGACGGCGGCGGGGCUCCGGAGCUGCCACAGAGGCACAACUCCCUGCACAAAAAACACACAUCAGGAGGCGGCAGCCAAGGACGCAGCCACGCUCCUCCACCUCCUCCCUCAUCGUCUCCAUCCUCCCAGCAGGGCGGCAGACCACCGCCGCCCGCCAGAGAGCCGCCGGGACGCAGAUCAGGUAGCACCAGCCGCACUGUAAACACACAAAACCGUCAGUAUUCACGUCUACUACAGGUCAGAGGUCAAAGCUUGUGAAAAUAAACUCACCUGACAUUCUGUCUGCAGAUUAUAAAGUGAUAACGUUAAUAUUUAACACGUUAAUAUUUAACAUAUUUAACAUAUUUAAAAAACAGAGUUCUUGCAGCCAUAAA